GGCGCACUGGCCUGGAAGCGGGGGACCUGCGAGGUGUGCUGGCGGCUGGAGCAGCGAGGGACCCGCGGCCAUGGCUCCCAACGCGCCCGCGCACACACACGCCGACGAGUACCCGCAGGGCAUCCGGGCAGUGCUGCUGGGGCCGCCGGGGGCUGGCAAGGGCACCCAGGCACCCAAAUUGGCCAAAAACUUCUGUGUCUGCCAUUUAGCUACUGGGGACAUGCUGAGGGCAAUGGUGGCUUCUGGAUCGGAGCUGGGAAAAAAGCUGAAGGCCACUAUGGACGCCGGGAAGCUGGUGAGUGAUGAAAUGGUCGUCGAACUCAUCGAGAAGAAUUUGGAGACCCCACCAUGCAGAAACGGUUUCCUCCUCGACGGCUUCCCCCGGACUGUGAAGCAGGCGGAGAUGCUCGACGACCUCAUGAAGAAGAGGAAAGAGAAGCUGGAUUCCGUGAUCGAGUUCAGCAUCCCCGACUCUCUGCUGAUCCGGAGGAUCACAGGAAGGCUGAUUCAUCCCGCGAGUGGCCGUUCCUACCACGAGGAGUUCAACCCCCCGAAGGAAUCCAUGAAGGACGAUAUCACGGGGGAGCCGCUGAUCCGCCGAUCAGACGAUAACGAGAAGGCCUUAAAGAUCCGGCUGGAAGCCUACCACACGCAGACCACCCCCCUCGUGGAGUACUACCGCAAACGGGGCAUCCACUCCGCCGUCGACGCCUCCCAGACCCCUGAUGUUGUCUUCGCAAGCAUCCUAGCAGCCUUCUCCAAAGCCACAUCCUAGUCACAGAAGGCCAGGCGAGACCACCACUGCUCAUCACCCCUCGGCGUGACCCCUGCUCUUAGGUGCUGGGCGGAGGGCAGGGGCGGGCAGGGUGAGGCCAGGGAGGGAGGAGUGGCGAGGCGUCCAGAGGAGGAAGGGCGGGGAGAGCAGCAGUGUUGUGGUGAGCCUUUUACAGACCACAGUAGGAAUCUUGACAAGUACCGACAAUUAUUUUGGAAAGCCGAUUGGAGGGUAGGAGUAGAACUAGGGAGACCCAGUAUUACUUCGAAGGAAUCAUGGUUUCACGUCCUCUGGAUUGGUGACUGUAUGUUUUUAAGCAAUACCCUGUGACCUCAACUUUGAUCUCAGAGCCUCACGGGCUGCCAGCUCAGGAGUGCAGGGGAGCGAGUCUUCCCGUCUCCCCUGUACCUUGGAACAGGGAGGGUUGAUGCCCCACCUAACUACCCACGCUGUGAGGUCUGAAAAAUCAUCUCCACAUGUGAAAGUGAUCCUUGGGGGUGUUCUGGGGGCAGCAAGUCUCCCGAUCAAGUUUACUAGAGUCGAUGGGGUGCAGAUAGGCCUCACUGCCCUCCGACUUAACACUUACUGACCAAUCUACCUGUCCCGGUAGGGGAGCUCUCAAGAGCCCCCCACCCCCCGGCACCUGCCAUGAUCCUCCACUCUUGCCUCUGUCCAUGGCGUAGGAAAAGACUCUUUUCAAUAACUCAGCAGGUGUGCUUAGCAGCAGCAUCCAAAGAUUGUCUUUUCCACCCUUGAACUCUGUGACUGGGAUUGCUCGACAGCUCUGUGAUGUAUUUUCAAUGAGGUGCCUUUCCUGAUGGACCAAAUGCUGCCUUGUUUUGGCCCCUACAUCAAUAAAGUCUAUUAAAAGUU